CCCACUCUCUAAUCUCUGAUCUCUGAUUUCCAUAUCGGGCUCUCUCUUUCUGUCACUGGUUUUCAAAUCGGCCUGCAGGGUCGCUGAUAACCCUCUCUGUCACUCUGUUCGAAAUCCUAGAAAAUGAUCAUAUUUCCUCUGAAUGAUGCAGUCUCAUACACACCAAUUCACGCAAGCCGUGUAGAUUAUUGGGUGGUUUUGAGGCAUUUCCAUGGCCGGACGUUUGCGAGGCCGAGCACUGUAUUUGCUUUCUCAAGUCAGCAACCAUGGCGAUUUGGCGGUGAAGCUCUCUUCGUUGAAGCAGGCCAAGGACAUAAUGGUCGCUGCCUGCCCUUCUCUCGCUCCCGAACUCUUCCCCUGUCUGGCCGAACUUCAGCAUUCCCCUGAACCCCUAGUUCGGAAAUCUCUCAUCCAGGUCGUAGAAGAGAUGAGACACUCUUUGAUAUUUGUGCGAGUCUUAUUGGCAUUGUUAAAAGAUAAAGAUUCUGCUGUUGCAAAACAAUCCAUUUUCAGUGGCACCAACUUCUUUUGCAGCAUUGUUGAGGAGUUAUCACUACAGUUCCAUCAGCAUGGUAUUGUUGAGAGGUGGCUUGAAGAGCUGUGGACAUGGAUGAUUAAGUUCAAGGAUGCUGUCUAUGGCAUUCUGUGGGAGGCUGCUUCUGCUACUACAAAGCUUUUGGCUUUGAAAUUCUUGGAGACAUGUGUUUUACUUUUUACACCUGACUGUAAUGAAUCUGAGAAACAAACUCCAAAAGCUAUAACAAGAAGUGGCCGGGCUUUCAGAGUUUCAUGUCUGUAUGAUGGCCACCCUGUGCUUAAUCUAGUUGCACUUGCAUCAGAAGCAAAUAAAUCCCUUGCCAUCCUACUAGACUUGUUGCGAUCAGUUGACAGUUUAACUGGGUUAUUGACAAUAUCUAUUAUUAAUUGUCUAGCAACCAUUGCAAGGAAGAGACCCCUCCACUAUAAUUCCAUUCUUUCUGCAUUGCUUAACUUUGAACCAAACUUGGAGACAGCGAAAUGUCAUAUGGCCAGUGUUCUUUAUUCUCUAAGAACUGCUUUUCUGGGGUUCCUUAGGUGCACUUAUCCUGCCGUAUUGGAGUCAAGAGGCAGAUUACUUGGGGCAUUACAAGGAAUGAAUGCUGGAGAUGUAGCUGAUCAAGUUAUCCGUCAAGUUGAUAAAAUGAAGAAAAAGAGUGAUCGGGCUUCACGUGAUGCCCAGUUGAUUAGGGCAUCAAGUCAGCUACCUGUUGCAGGUGAUGCCAUAAGAAAAAGGGCCUUGCCUCUGGAAAAUGAAGAGCCAAACAGAGGUCUUGAUAUGGAUGCCAAAAGAAUUUGUCACGGUUCUAAGGUUUCUCUUCUGAAUAGUGGUUUAACUCCCGCAGAACAAAUGCUUGCCGUGAUUGCUGCUUUAAUCGCAGUAGGUAACAGAGGGGCUAAAUCAAUUGAAAUAUUAAUCUCUGAAAUCCAACCUGAUCUGUUGGCUGAGAUGGUCAUAACUACUACUCAACACCUGCCUAAAGACUCUCCACCAUUAGGGAGACUUUAUGACCAGCCGGUAACUUGUCAAAGUGCAACAGGGUCGAACAAACGAAGGGAAUCGAGACUGGCCGAUCGGUCUCGCUGAUGAUCAAGACUUUGGGUUGGAUUCUUGCGACAUCUACUAAGUUGCAACGGCCAAACGAAGAAGAACCAAGACAUGACGAUUAGUCUCAGUGGUGAUUAAGGGCAGCUUUCGACAGAAAUUCAAGCAACUUUGGUCCGUCGUUGGAAGGCAAAGCAGAGAAUCAGACACUGUUGGAAGUGCAAGACGAAGUAGCAUCGACCACUAGAUGGUGAUUAGGUGAGAAGUAGGCGCGGGCUGGGGGCGAUCGUGGGGUCACGGUGAUCGCGAAUUCAGAGGCAAGUUGUCCUUGGCUAUUGACUUGGAUCUGGAUGAUUUAGGAAGGUGGUUACUGAAGCAGAAUUCUUGGCGAUUCUUGGGUGAUUCUCCUAGGCGGCUGUUGUGGGGUGAUUUUUGGACAGAAUUCCAGUGAAUUUAGAAGCUGAUAGUAGGUGAACUUGAAGGUCGAACUAACUUGAUCGGGAUUAGGAGGUAUCAGUGUUGCCCAACGGAUUAGGCUUACGGAACUUGAAAAGCAGUUGGGGGUGGAUUUUUGAAGGCGAAUCCUGGUGGGUGAUUCUUGGAUGUGAAUUCUAGCGAUCCCUUGCGGUAAUUCCGAUCCGGCUUCAUCAAGGUUGAUCAUAACGGAGUAGAGAUUUUAGGCGAUUUUGGCGCAUGCAAGAGUUCGAUGAUUUCAAUUGGUCUCGGCUGUACGGUUCUUGGAAAUUGCUCAAGGCGAUAGACAAAUUUCCAGGCGAUAGACAGAUUGCUGUUUCAGAGGUGAAUUUGCAAGGAUUUGAACUGAGAAGAUGGAUACAGGAAUUGCAAAUACUUGGGAUAGUAUUGACAGCAAAUUGAAUGGUUUAUCGAGUAUGUUUGAUGAAUUUUUUAUUAAGUCUACCGAGAAGAAUCAAGUUGGAGACAAGAGUUACAACGAAGAGUUCAACAAGUUGAAACAUGAGGACUCGGUUAUGGAGUAUUUGGUCAAGUUUGAGAAAUUGAAAGCACAGAUGCUCCAUUCCGAUCCAAUCUUGAAUGAGUCUUAUUUCGUAUCAAGAUUCACUAAUGGUCUUAAUAAUAUGUUGAGGCUUAUGGUGAUUAUGUUCCGUCCUACUACGGUGGAACAAACGGCAGAGAAGGUGAGGCUGCAAGAAUUGGCACUGGAAACCAUUUGUAGAAAGCAUGAGCUACCACUUAAAAGUUUUCUUAAGAGCAACCAGUAGAACAAAGGUAUUUCUAUAGCUACCCCUAGUUUACAGCAAGAAGUUGAUGAAUUUCCUACAAUGGAUCAGGAAAUUCAGAAGUACAAGAUAAUCCUAUUGAGGAGAUCUCUUGAGAUCUCUAUGGAAGAUGAGGAAGUAGAAGAUGCUGUGAAUUUGAGAAAGGAUAUGAUCAUAACAACUCUGGAUUUAGAAGACUUUAAGUUUGUUUCUCUUGAAAAAAAAGGCACCCUUCCAAUACCUAAUGGCAAUACAAAGUUAAAUUUUGAGAAUCUACUGAAUAGAGACAAAGAGGAGGAGGAAAAAGGAUAAAAAUGUCAACGGGUGGAAAAAGAUUUUGUUGACCUUUUAGGCACUACCAAGGAAAUCAGAACAAAUGAUAGGGUUGGAGAUUUCUUAGCCACUGAAAAGGUAGAGGAGUUGGUGCUGAUUUUAUUAGAGGAAAACGAAAGCAAUACUUCAAAAGAGCUUGAAAUUCCUGCUGAACAACGAAAUGUUGUUUCCUCUCUCAUUCAUUAGAUAAAACCAAGAAGGAGAAAGAAAAAGAGGCCAAGGCUGGUAAGAGAAAAUAACAAGAAAAGGUGAAGAAGAAUUCAGAUUGUGAAGGCGAGAAUUGGAUGAAGAAUUGGGUCAGCAGCUUCAAGGAGGCGGGAAAUGUCAUGACCCCAAGGGCAUUAGUUGUAAUUGUUCUUGUUUGUAUUUUCCUUAGUGUGUAGUUACUUGAGUUGUUAGUUGGUUAGUUUGUUGAUAACUGAAUUGGGUGUAAACAACCUAUAAAGAGGUUGUAGGUUAGAGAAUAAAGGCUAUCAAUUGAUUGAAUAAAACAUUCUGUCUCCCUCUGUACAU